AUACAACAGAGAGCCUUUAGCCGGUGAAUCGAGUCUUAUUGGGUUACUUGGCGCAGGGCGCCGGUGGGAGAGGAAGGGGAGCUGCUGCUGUUUGCACGUAUUAUGUUUAUUUUAUUGUAAUUUAUUGCCCCCGGAACAUCCGUCUCUCCCUCCGGUAUACAAACCCCUGCCCACAGCAAACCGCUCCUCACCGCAGCCCCACUACCGCGAUCACAAAGACACUCCUAUCUUCUCUAUCAAUAGGGUUUCUCACGUCUACCUUCACGAUGCCUGGUGACUUCUCCAUGUGCUUGUGUCUCAGCCCCCCUCCUCCACACCAAUUCCGGCUUCCUACAGCAAAGUCACUCCGACCUUGUCUUGCUCCGACUCCUCGCCCCGCGGAACCACGAAAAAAGGGUGUCGUCUUUGCCGACGCUCUCGGACUGGCCCUCACCUCGGUACGGCACUUCUCUCACUCGCUCUUUGACGAAGAUCCCCUGGCGCUCGCCUUGGCGUCACUCAGAGCUCUGCGUCCUCUAUCCGUCCCUACGUACACGCUGGAAUUUCAGCCUCCAACUCACAACUACUCUGGUUUCCGCGCAAGGCUGACGCAGCAGCAGGUUUGUCUGGAGCAAUGCGCCAUCCAGGGAGCGGCGGUGGCCGGUACGGUGCGGGUGCGCAAUAUUGGCUUUGAGAAACGGGUAACUCUUCGGGUCACCUAUGACAACUGGAAAAAUCACUACGACCUCCCGUGCUCGUAUCUCCGGGAUCCCUAUGGGGGAGGGGAGACGGACACCUUCUCUUUCAGACUUCCGCUACCUCCAGGCACCCGGCGAGCUGAAUUCUGCAUUUGUUUUUGCUGCCAGGGCACCGAAUACUGGGAUAAUAACACAGGGAAGAAUUACAUCUUGAUCAAGGAGGCAGAACAACUCCGCCGGCAUACACACAUCGCCUAUUGGUGAAACCGAGCGAUCGGAAACCGGAGACUGUGAAAGUGCUGGUCCGCUGGAACAAAAGCCUGUCGAACGCCCUCCCUUUUGUAGAUCAAGAGGAUGCCCGGGACAUUGAAACGUUCUCCAGAUAUGGUUGUAGAAUAGAUGCCAGAGUUCUACCAUAGGUGGAGUGUUUGUGGUUACCAGGCAGUAUUGUGCUAUUUAUAUGCAUGUAAUCUGGUUCGCUGGGAGCUUUAACUUCCAGGAAUCCAGCAAGUGUGUAAAGUGACUGCGAAGGCUUCAUUCCUCGCGUCUGAGCUGUACUACUAAACCACAAGGGUUGCUAAAGGCCCUUUACACUGGCUGAAUGGGCAUUGGUCGGAAUACUGGCUCCAUCACCUCUUGCUGGCAAUUUAAAGGGGUUAAUCCAAAGCUUAUUUCUUUUCAAAAAAAACGGCUCCAUGUCUGUCUCCAGGUUGGGUGUGGUAUUACAACUUGGCUCCAUUCACUUCAAUGGAACUGAGCUGCAGAAUCGCACCCAACCUGGAGACAGACUGGGAAUGGUUUUUUAAAGAAAUUGUUUUUUUUUCUUUCUAUUCCUGGAUAACCUCUUUAAAUCCUUAUCGGCCCCAGGCUGAUGGCUGACUAUGAUUUGUGCUGAAGGGCUGCACGUAAAUGUCACUGUGUACACAUUGGCCAGUGUAAAAUGGUCUCAACACUUGUUAUAAAUGGAACACGUCAACAGUCUAAAGUUCUAGUAGGGUCAACGAUCCUUGAGGUAUUAACCUGUUGUCUCAUACUAUGGCAGUUUUUCCCAACCAGCGUGCCUCCAGC